AUGCAUUUCAGGAGACUGCUGCACACGACUGCCCGGGUGUCGAGACACUACACGACGACGUUCAAGGCGUCGAACCUCGGCCAGAACUUGGCCAAGUACGACAUUUACGCCCUGGCAGACAAGCCGGAAAACAACGUGGAGAUGAUCUCGGACGACUCGAUAGUGUUUUCGAACCUCAAGGUGGUGCGGUCGCCGGCGCCCGGACAGGGCCAGCCGGUGGGGGCGUUGCUCCUAAACAACCAGAUCUUCGAGCUGAGCUUGGAGGGCAUCGAGCUGCAGCACAACGGGGUGGUGGUGGAGCUUGGCGAGGCGGUGACGGACGUGCUUGGGUUGGUGUACCCGAAGCCGGAGUUGCUUGUGGCCGGGCUCGGGAAGCGCACAAGGAUGUUGGGGCCCAAGACGAAGGAGAGGCUGAGCCAGCUUGGGAUACGUGUGGAGACGGGGGACACGAGGAGCAGUGCCUUGAGCUACGACUUGUUGGCGACGGAGCGGUCGCCAGCGCUUGUGGCGUCGAUCAUGCUGCCGCCGAACCUCUGA